GCCGCGCACCUGGGCCGGGCAGAGCUCAAGGAAGGCCAGGAGCGGCGGAAGCGGAGUUUGGGGCAGGGGCUACCUGCUGGUUCCUGGGCCGGGCCACGUUCGCCGACGCCACUCGGUGUCAUGGCUCUCCACCCACGUAGAGUCCGGCUGAAGCCCUGGCUGGUGGCCCAGGUGGACAGUGGGAUGUAUCCCGGCCUCAUCUGGCUGCACAGGGAAUCGAAGCGCUUCCAGAUCCCCUGGAAACACGCCACGCGGCACAGUCCACAGCACGAGGAGGAGAACACCAUCUUCAAGGCCUGGGCUGUGGAGACCGGGAAAUACCAGGAGGGUGUGGACGACCCAGAUCCGGCCAAAUGGAAGGCACAACUCCGAUGUGCCCUCAACAAGAGCCGGGAAUUCAAUCUGAUGUAUGAUGGUACCAAGGAAGUGCCCAUGAACCCUGUGAAAAUCUAUGAAGUGUGCGACAUCCCCCAACCCCAGGGUGCCAUUAUCAACCCAGGUUCCACGGGCUCAGCUCCCUGGGAUGAGAAGGACAACGAAUUGGAUGAUGAGGAGGAUGAGGAGCUGGAGCAGUCCCAGCCCCACGUCCCCAUUCAGGACACUUUCCCCUUUCUGAACAUCAACGGUUCCCCCAUGGGGCCUGCCAGCGUGGGGAACUGCAGCCCCGAAACCGUGUGGCCCAAAACCGAACCGUCGGAGAUGGAGGUGCCCCCGGCUCCACUUCAGCACGACUUCUUCAGCUCCCCAGAGCUGUGGAUCAGUUCUCUCCCAAUGACCGAUCUGGAAAUCAAGUUUGAGUACCGAGGGAAGGAGAUGGGGCCGACCCAGACAGUGAGCAACCCCCAGGGCUGUCGGCUCUUCUACGGCGAUCUGGGGCCAAUGCCGGAUCAGGAGGAGCUCUUCGGACCUGUCAGCUUGGAGCAGGUGAAAUUCCCGGGCCCGGAGCAGAUCACCAACGAGAAGCAGAAGCUGUUCACCAGCAGGCUGCUGGACGUCAUGGACCGCGGGUUGAUCCUGGAGGUCAGCGGCCAUGCCAUCUACGCCAUCAGACUGUGCCAGUGCAAGGUGUACUGGUCGGGACCGUGUGCCCCCUCGCCGGCGACCCCCAACCUCAUCGAGAGGCAGAAGAAGGUGAAGCUCUUCUGCCUGGAGACAUUCCUCAGUGAGCUCAUUGCUCACCAGAAAGGGCAGAUAGAAAAGCAGCCACCCUUUGAGAUAUAUUUCUGCUUUGGAGAAGAAUGGCCUGAUGGGAAGCCAAGGGAGAGAAAACUGAUUGUGGUACAGGUCAUCCCGGUGGUCGCCCGGAUGAUUUAUGAGAUGUUUUCCGGAGACUUCACCCGCUCCUUCGACAGCGGCAGCGUCCGCCUGCAGAUCUCCACCCCCGACAUCAAAGACAACAUCGUCGCCCACCUGAAGCAGUUGUUCCGCCUCCUCCAGACCCAGGAGAGCUGGCCUCCCAUGCACCCUCCUCCCAGCAUGCACCUGACCCCAGCCCUGCCUGCCCAGUGACCGAGACUGUCGCUCUGCUUUUUAAAUAUUGUACAUACAAAUAUUUGUAUUAUAUUCAGAUUUUGUUGUCUGGCUCGCUCUGACGACCCCCCCUUCCUGCUCUAAAACGAUGUUAAUAGUUUGCUUUCCAACUUUUUUUUUAAUGAUUUUAAUUUAUACAAAAGAUCAUACUUUUCUAACUUUCUUGUUUUUCACUUUUGGAAAAAAAGAAGACCGGCGAUAGGUGUAUGUCUAAAAAGCUCAAACCCCAUGUUAAAAUUAAAAAAAAAAUAAAAUAAAAUAAACAUUCCAGAACAGGAUCCUUUCCACCUUCCUUGUAUUGGCCGGGGACUCCCAAACAUGCCUGUCUUGCAUUUAUUAAAGUUGCCUACAGCA